AUGCCUUCACCUACACAACGACAUAAUAAUAAUAAUAAUGAUGCAUCAGUUUUAAGAAGCACUCAGAGUUACGCACCUACUGUCUCCUCAGCUUCACCUACACAACAAAAUAAUAAUAACGAUGCAUCAGUUUUAAGAAGCACUCAGAGUUACGCACCUACUGUCUCCUCAGCUUCACCUACACAACGACAUAAUAAUAAUAAUAACGAUGCAUCAAUUUUAAGAAGCACUCAGAGUUACGCACCUACUGACUCCUCAGCUUCAGCUUCACCUACACAACAACGACAUAAUAAUAAUAAUAAUGACGCAUCAGUUAUAAGAAGCACUCAGAGUUACGCACCUACUGUCUCCUCAGCUUCACCUACACAACGACAUAAUAAUAAUAAUAAUGAUGCAUCAGUUUUAAGAAGCACUCAGAGUUACGCACCUACUGUCUCCUCAGCUUCAGCUUCACCUACACAACAACAAAAUAAUAAUAACGAUGCCUCAGUUUUAAGAAACACCCGGAGUUACGCAUCUACUGACUCCUCAGCUUCACCUACACAACAAAAUAAUAAUAACGAUGCAUCGGUUUUAAGAAGCACUCGGAGUGAUGCACGUCCUGUCGUCACAGCAGCUGAAGACGCAUCUUCACCUGAGCGACAAUUUAACCGUCUCGUCCUGUACGUGGCUCUGGCAGCGACUCUGCUCCUGCUCGUGGUGAUUCUGGCCGUGAUUCUGUGCUGGAAAAAAAAGAAACUCAACAAACCAAAAGAGUCGAUUGAGUUCGCUGAAAUACCAGAGAGAAACCACCUGUACGAGGAGGUCGCAGAUGGGAACAGAGAAGCAGCUCCGGUCUACAGUCUGUUAUCUGAGGACGAACCACAAAACCAGCCCCAGGUGGAAACCGAGUACUCUGAAGUGAAUUUUACCGAGAGCAGCAGCAGCAGCAGCGCCCCCAAGUGUCAGACCGAAGAAAGUGCAAGUCAAACUGUUCUGUACUCCACCAUCACGUCCCUGCAGCAGUGACGACAAAGAAAAUGUUAAACUCAGCGUGACAAAGAAUAUUUCUACUCAUAUUCACUCACAGAAAACUGAGAAUACUGAACACCUGCAGAAACAUGAUAGACGAUCCAAUCAGAGUACUGUAUUUUUCGGACUAUAAGUGCCACUUUUUUUCAUGGUUUGAGUGUUUCCUGUGACUUAUACUCCGGUGCGACUUAUAUAUUAAAAUUUUCACACUGACAGCCACAAGAGGGCGCUCUAGACUUGUGUGUCCUCAUCUGUUCCUCCUGUACCACUCUCACUUGGUUCUACUGCGCAUGUCUCCUGCAGAAAAAGCCGCUGUCCUGCUACAAGUAGUGAAAUGUGCAGCCAAAAAAAUAACGGUAAUCGAGCCGCAGAAAAACUAAGUUUGGAGUGAGCGAGAAACUUGUGAGGGACUGACGGAAAGCGGGGAUGGAGAACAUAGAGAACCAGGAGGAUGCACCAUGCGACUUUCCUGAAGUCACCGGAUGGAUGGACAAAGCCUGGACUUCAGUGACACCGAAACCAUCCUGUCAGGAUUCAGAAAAGCCGAGGAGGAAAUAGGAAGCGGCGCUCCGUUUAGCUCCGGAGGUCGUGCAGAAGUGUACGGAAGCUGAGAGGGGUCACAACAAACGCAAACGCUGCCACAAAUACAAAUGUGACAACACAACAAAAAGCCACAACACAUUAAAAAGCCACAACACAUUAAAAAGCAACAACAGAAAUGACCGCGGAACUCUAUUUUAAUGAAAACGCCACAACAAAUACAAAUGUUACAACUCAAACGCAAAUGCCACAACAUAUUAAAAAGCCACAACACAUCAAAAAGCCACAACACAUCAAAAAGCCACAACGGAAAUGACCGCGAGACUCUAUUUUAAUGAAAACGCCGCAACAAAUACAAACACCACAACAUAUUAAAAAGUCACAACACAUUAAAAAGCCACAACACAUCAAAAAGCCACAACGGAAAUGACCAUGGGACUCAAUUUUAAUGAAAACGCCACAACAAAUACAAACAACACAACACAUUAAAAAGCCACAACACAUUAGAAAGCCACAACACAUCAAAAAGCCACAACGGAAAUGACCGCGGGACUCUAUUUUAAUGAAAACGCUGCAACAAAUACAAACGUCACAACACAAACGCAAAUGCCACAACACAUUAAAAAGCCACAACACAUUAAAAAGUCACAACGGAAAUGACCGCGGGACUCUAUUUUAAUGAAAACGCUGCAACAGAUACAAAUGCCACAACACAAACGCGAAUGCCACAACACAUUAAAAAGCCACAACACAUCUAAAAAGCCACAACGGAAGUGACCGCGGGACUCUAUUUUCCGAUGAACCGAUCAAGUGGCAAAUGAAGAAGAAGAACUACAACUUGAAAAGUAAAGGUCCAUCGGAAAAUAGAGUCCCGCGGUCACUUCCGUUGUGGCUUUUUAAUGUGUUGCUGCAUUUUAAUGUGUUGCAGCAUUUGCGUUUGUGUUGUGGCGUUUGUAUUUGUUGCGGCAUUUACAUUAAAAUAGAGUCCCGCGGUCAUUUCUGUUGUGGCUUUUUUUGGUGUGUUAUGGCUUUUUGUUGUGUUGUGGCUUUUUGUUGUAUUUGUUGCAGCGUUUGCGUUUGUUGUGACCCCUCUCGGCUUCCGUAGAAGUGACACCGAAGAUGAAGAAUUGAAUGGAUUUAGCGAUUUGGAGUGAGAUGGAGAGUUUGUUAAACUUGUUCUGUUCUGUUGUUUAUGUUAUAGUUUAUCUGAAGAACUGUUCAUAUGUGACGUUAACAGUCUGUUUUUCUCUCUUCUGUAGUUUUUACUAGAACCGGUUCCUGGUCUCUGAUUUUAUAAAAUAUAAAAAAGAGUUGAUCACAAAUAAAAAUUGCAAAUACUAAACGUCAAUUUAAAGUACUCCUGAAAAGACGUUUUAUUGCGCAGUGCAAUGCAAAUGGAUCUAAAGUGUCACGUUUUAAAAUGAAGAUGAAACGGACUGUAACUGUGGACUUGAAUCAUGAACUAUAGGGAUCCACAGAUAAUACUCCCUACAACUGUACAGCAACUCACACUUAUGCAACAGAUAAUACUCCCUACAACUGUACAACAACUCAUGCUUAUGUAACAGAUAAUACUCCCUACAAAAGUACAACUCAUCCUUAUGUAACAGAUAAUACUCCCUACAACUGUACAACAACUCAUGCUUAUGUAACAGAUAAUACUCCCUACAACUGUACAACUCAUGCUUAUGUAACAGAUAAUACUCCCUACAAAAGUACAACUCAUCCUUAUGUAACAGAUAAUACUCCCUACAACUGUACAACAACUCACACUUAUGCAACAGAUAAUUCUCCCUACAACUGUACAGCAACUCAUGCUUAUGUAACAGAUAAUACUCCCUACAACUGUAUGACAACUCACCUUUAUGUAACAGAUAAUACUCCCUACAACUGUACAACAACCCGCCCUUAUGUAACAGAUAAUACUCCCUACAACUGUACAACAACCCGCCCUUAUGUAACAGAUAAUACUCCCUACAACUGUACAACAACUCACCUUAUGUAACAGAUAAUACUCCCUACAACUGUACAACAACUCGCCCUUAUGUAACAGAUCAAUCUGUCAAUCAUAUCAUUUUUGCACUUUUGUCUUCUUUAUGACCUCUUGUAUAACUGAUUUUUUAUAUAUAUAUAACUUAUUUGUCUAUUUUAUUUUGACUUGUACAUUUACAUAUAGUUUUUACUCUUUGUUAUUAUAUUCUAUUGUGAUGUGUGAGUUACUGAGUCCAAAUAAUUUCUCUUGUGGAUCAAUAAAGUUUGUCUAAGUUUAAGUCUAAGAAGGAAAAAUUACAUGUGCCCUUACCACAAAAGCAGUAUUUUCAAUUUUUUUCCCUCUAGUUAUGUACAGUUUGAAGCCUGAAUUGUGUGAUCAAAUACUACUAUCUAUUCCUUUCAUUUUAGGAAAGUCUGUUGUAUUCUGAAUAUCUGUAAAUAUACUGUAUGUAUCUGAAUUUUAAUGCUUUAUUGUCAUGCCACUGUAGAGCGUAAGUGUUUUUAUUUCUUGGUAGUAAGAGAGAAGCAAUACAUCAUAAUAAAAAUGUUAAAACAAG